CGUAUUCUCACCGCUUUACACAGUAUGGCCGACGAUAUUAGCUAGCGCUCGCUUUACCGCGUUCUCCGUAACCGGGAGAGAUACAACGGGAAAUAAGAGACUGUACUGGAGAAACUAACAGUGUCCAUCACACACAGGAACACCCUACUACCUGGAACAUCACCCUCCACACACCAACAAAUAAACCUCUUUAUAAACACUAUUUAAAGAAAGUUCUAGAAAUAAUUCCACUAGAAGCUCCGAGUAUACGGCAGAGGUGUGCGGGAGCCGACGAUCGGACGUGGGAGGAGAACACUAAUAGGGUAGAUACAGAUUUUCCGUUUCUCGUUAUUUUCUGCGUUGUCGGUGGGUCUCCGGCUGCCGGGGGAGAUGGAGGAGAGCGGGGCUCACUUCUUCGAGGGCACGGAGAAGCUGCUGGAGGUCUGGUUCAUCCAGGAGGACAAGAGCAAGGGAUCCGGGGACCUCCGAGACAUCCCAAGGUUUGAGUGGGACAAACUUUUGGAGAAUGUUCACUGUUUGAUCAUAAGUGUGACAAAAACUGACAAGCAGGAAGCUUAUGUACUCAGUGAGAGUAGCAUGUUUGUCUCCAAGAGACGUUUCAUUUUGAAGACAUGUGGUACCACCCUCUUACUGCAAGCACUGGUUCCCUUGUUAGAGCUCGCUAGAGAGUACUGUGGGUUUGAUAUUCAGAACUUUUUUUAUUCACGUAAAAACUUUAUGAAACCAGACCACCAGGAAUAUCCACACAGAAAUUUCCAGGAAGAAGUUGAAUUCCUAAAUGAAAUUUUCCCAAAUGGAGCAGCGUAUUGUAUGGGACGUAUCAACUCUGAUUGCUGGUACUUGUAUACUCUCGAUGUCCCAGAGGGUUUUGUCAUCAACCAGCCAGAUCAGACACUGGAAAUUUUGAUGAGUGAGCUUGACCCAGAGAUAAUGGACCAGUUCUACAUGAAAGAUGGUGUUACUGCAAAUGAUGUCACUCGUAUGAGUGGAAUUCGUGACCUGAUACCAGGUUCUGUCAUUGAUGCUACAAUGUUCAGUCCUUGUGGUUAUUCAAUGAAUGGGAUGAAAUCAGAUGGAACUUACUGGACUAUUCACAUCACUCCAGAGCCAGAUUUUUCCUAUGUUAGUUUUGAAACUAAUGUAUCGCAAACAACAUAUGAUGAUCUCAUUAGUAGAGUUGUGGAUGUUUUCAAGCCAAGGAAGUUUGUGACCACCCUCUUUGUUAAUCAGAGCUCCAAAUGUCGUACAGCGUUCACUUGUGCUCAGAAGAUUGAAGGUUUUAAGCGACUUGAUCGCCAGUUUGCGCAGUUCAACGAUUACAAUUUUGUUUUCACCAGUUUUGCCAAGAAACAACUGCAGCAAAGUUGAUUAGGAAAAAUGAAGCGAAAACGUAAAAAGAAAACCAAUGAAAGAGGUGGUGGGUGCUUGCUAGCUAAUGUUACCGGGGGCCAUGUUUUCCAAAACCAUCACCUAGUAGUUGCAGGAAGCCCUGAAUAUAAUCAUAGUAUGAGUUUGAAUUGUAUCCAUAAUUAUAUCAAGGAGUUAGAUAACUUGCAUGAAUGCUCUCUCCUGUGUGUAGGUAAUCUAUGCCACUCAUGCUGUGAAAUUGAAGUGCAUGUGGAUAAGUUAAACACAUACUCUACUAGACUCUCUAAUUCUUGUAAAAAUGCACAUAGUUCAACACACAGCAUAAGUUUUCUACAGGUGUCUCCAAAAAUUCCCCACAGACAAGGUUUCCGCCCCCAUUAGCUUCUAUCCCAGAGCCAAUGCGCAUAACGGUUUGAGUUGUGGACUUACUGCAGUAUCACAUGCAUGCUGUAUGUUCACUGGACCAUGUUUCUGGCUGUACGCAGCUUUUUUCCGUCUUUCACAAAGCGUUAUGUAUUGUGGACAGAGGUUGGAAAAUCCUGCUUAAUUAACCAUUAAGGCGAGUAACUGGCCGUAGUCAUUGCUUAAAUUGUUAUGCAAUUUAUUGGUUCUGUUUUAAAUUGCACUCAUGGUGAAAACUUCCCCUUCUCAAGAUUCUGCGGUUUCAUAUAUUGAAGGGCGUAAAUACAGGUGAUUUGAAGCCCAUGCAAUCUGACCUUACCCUGGCUUUGUUGCCAGUUGUGGCCUGGAUCUUUCUCUGCAAAACGAACUUUCACUGUAACGGACAUUUCUGAUUGUGUCUAAACAAUAUGCUGUACACCAGUCCAGCUCUCGACUCCUUUAUUUAAAGCUGAAUCAAGUUUUCAUCUAGUCACUAAAAGGGAAGGCCUGUGACACAUUCUUCAUGUGACUACUAUGUUGUAAUGAACUCUGCUGUGACUUCAUCUGCUCUCCCUUGUGUAACGGUGUGGUGGUGAUUAUCUUUUAUUUUUACCAUGUGUAGGUAGCAUCAUAGAAUGUGGGGAGUUAAUGAGAACUGCGGACACUGUAAUGUCAAUUGUGAUCAAUGCAGGAUUUCCAAUACUUGUGUUACAUUUGGAGCUCUGAAGUAACUUGUUACUUUCAUCCUAGUCUCUAUUAUUUUAUGUAUCCGUUCUGGAUAUGUUGCAGCAAUGUUCCUUAUGUAUUUAUACAUAAACACUUUUUGUAAUGUUAUUAAACUGCACUUGAUUUGAAAUCAAUGCAUUGGAACAUCCAUGGUCUUUCUGAGCAUCUUAAAUAUAAGGCUUCAUUCAAGAAGUUUAAUAUAAUUUUGCUUAGAAUAGGGUAUUUGAAUAUACCUGUUCUAUUAUUUGUACUCAUUUUGAGGACCAAUAUUUAAAAAUAUGAAAGAGGCUGUAAACAGUUUCCUUAAUAUACCCUACCCCCACUUGUAGCUGUUAGGGACCACCUGCAAUGCAGCCUAAGUUAUUGCAGUCCUCUUGGAGACCACCUCUAUAUGCUACAUGUGUGGCGGCUGAGAACAGGUUAUAUUAGGUUGACCAAAAGUAGAAAACCCAUUUAUUGUGCAGAAAUAAUUGAAGCCUCUAUAUUAACUAGAUCUGACCCAGGUAUAUAAAAUACCUCACAAUAAAGGAAAGUGCACAGUAAUAUAUAUAAUUAUACUGUUGACCUGUUUAAAAAAAGAUGGGAGAUGAAUUCAUUGCAUUAUUAGGUGACUUUGAUAAAUUGAACUGUACUGAAAAUGUAUCUGUACCACAGACCUAAUGCUUCAAUAAAAUGCUUAAUUCAUGA